GCACCUGUUUCUCUUAUUUUUUCACUCUACUUGCUUGGUCAUGAAAUAUACGUUUGUUUCGGUUCCUGGUUUGGGAAAUAAGGAAAAUACCUUUCUCAACAUUAAGAGCAAGUUGGCCGAUUAUGCUGAAACAUACGAGUUCAACAUUCCUGAAUUCAAGAUUGGCACUCUCGAUGCGCUUGUUGUCUUGUCGGAUGAACUCGUUAAAUUCGACACAUCCUUUGAACAGUCCACCAACAAGUUGGCUGACUUGUUAAGAACGCUCGCAAAGAACCAAGGAACCCACAUUCAGGACCUCUUGCUUGUGAAUGACAAAACAAUUGACCAGUUCAUUCGAACGUUUCAAUGGAACAGCAUGAAGUACCGUACGGAUAAAUCGUUGCAAGAAACUACCCAGCUUCUCAAUCAGGAAGUGACAUCCAUCGAUAAUGUCAUGAAAAACAAGCUGAACAUCUAUACCCAGAAUAAGAAUGCUCUUCAAACCUUGCAACGCAAGCAAACUGGAAAUUUGUCGGUGAAGAACUUGAACGGUAUUGUCAAGAAACAACAUUGUAUUUUGAACUCGGAAUAUCUGACCACGUUAAUCGUGGCUGUCCCCAAGUCAUUAUUCAAGCAAUGGAAUAACAAAUACGAAACGUUGACCUCCAUGGUGGUACCCCGUUCAUCUGCUAAGAUUGCAGAGGAUGACGAGUUUGGCUUGUUCACUGUCACGGUCUUUAAGCGUGUCGCGGAUGAAUUUACCCAUAAAGCUCGCGAAGAAAAGUUCAUUGUACGGGACUUUGUGUACGACGAAGAUGCGUUACGAUUGCAGCAGCAGGAAUUGGAAGAAACCUCGGCUGCCGAAAAGGAACAGCAAGCGGAAUUGGUGCGUUUGGCCAAAACCAACUUUAGUGAAGUGUUCGCUUCCUGGGUUCAUCUCAAGGCUCUCCGAGUGUUUGUGGAAUCCGUUCUCCGUUACGGCUUACCACCGGACUUUGCCUCUGUCGCUAUCACGUCACCACCCAAAUUUGAAAAGAAGGUGGAUGAGACUCUUGUAGCGCAAUAUGGACGAUUGGGUGGUGUGCACGGACAGUCGUUCCAGAAGCAAAAUGAUAACCAAGAAGAGAUUUUGGAUCACGAACUGAAUGCCGUCAAUCAUAGCGACUACCGACCUUAUGUCCAGUUUGAUCUUCAUUUCGAAAUUGAGCGUAGAUAAUCCUUUUUUCUUUUUCAAUACAGUCUGAACUUUGGAUUCCUUUGAUUC